GGCACUAAGGCAGCCGAGCCCACCGACACUUCCCAGCGGACACCCGCCGCUGCUGCUGCCGCUGCUGCAGCCUCCAGAGUCCCGCUCAGGAGUCCCGCUUUAUUUAAAAAAAAAAAAAAAAAAAAAAAAAAGCAAGCACACGUGCAGGCGCGGUAGGAAGGAAGGGGGGGACACCCCGCUGUUCACGAGCCGGAGACAGAGCUGCGGUGCGCGGGGAUGGAUUUAAGCAGAUGAUAGCUGACUGCGUGAGAGAUGCUGCAGGAGAAGGCUUCAGCUGUGACGGAUGAAUGUAUGAGCCGGGUCCAGACCGGCGUGGAGACAGAUCUCCUUCCAGACCAGUCACGGAUGGGCCUAUCUGCAGCUUCCGCCAUUCCCAGCUCCAGUGAGCCUGACCAGAACAUCGAGAACAUCAAGGUCGUCCUUCAUGAGAGGGAGCUGUGGAAGAAGUUCCACGAGGCCGGCACAGAGAUGAUCAUUACUAAAGCAGGCAGGAGGAUGUUUCCCAGCUACAAGGUCAAAGUGACCGGGAUGAACCCCAAAACCAAGUACAUCCUGCUGAUCGACAUCGUCCCAGCUGAUGACCACCGCUACAAGUUCUGUGAUAACAAGUGGAUGGUGGCGGGGAAGGCCGAGCCAGCCAUGCCAGGCAGACUCUAUGUGCACCCAGACUCUCCCGCCACAGGAGCUCACUGGAUGAGGCAACUCAUAUCGUUUCAGAAACUCAAGCUAACAAACAAUCACCUGGACCCUUUUGGGCAUAUCAUCCUGAACUCUAUGCACAAGUACCAGCCCAGACUACACAUAGUGAAAGCCGACGAGAACAAUGCCUUUGGAUCCAAGAACACCGCCUACUGCACUCAUGUGUUUCAUGAGACGGCCUUCAUCUCCGUCACCUCUUAUCAAAACCACAAGAUCACUCAGCUGAAAAUAGAAAACAACCCAUUUGCCAAAGGAUUCCGAGGCAGUGAAGAAGGAGAUCUGCGUGUUUCAAGACUACAGGGGAAAGAAUAUCCAGUGAUUUCAAAGAACAUGGUUCGCCAGAGGCUCCUCUCCUCUCACAAUCACCUCACAGGGAAGCUCGGGGCAGGAGUUCUAACAGGGCACCCUCAAGUCCUGUCCUCCUAUCAGUACGAGACCGGGGUUCCUUUGUCCAACUCAGACCCCCAAGAUCCCAUCUCAAACCACUUCCCUCAGAGCAGAGACCCCAGCCUUCUGUACCACUGCUUCAAACACAGAGAUAACGCCCGACACUUGGAGCUGGGAUGUAAGCGGCCAUACCUGGAGACCUCAUCUGCAGGCUCAGAGGAGCAUUACUUCCGCUCAGCUCCUUCUUAUGAGUCGUCCCUACUGUCUCACCCAUACUGCACAGAGGCCAUCACCUCCAGAGAGGCCUGUAUGUAUGGUAGCAUGGAGACAGAGUCUGGAUCCGGGGCAGGGGACGCAGACGACCUGGCCAACUCCCCAUCCAUAAAUUGUAAUAUGUGGGCUACGAUGCAGCCGUACCCUCGCUACAGCGUGGAGGGCGUCCCAUACCAGCCCUUCACCGCUCAUUUCACCAACGCUGCCGCGGUCACACCUGUGGUCCCACACCCCACGUCCUCCAUGGUCUCGAGGUCACAGGCCGACUUGGGUGUCUACAACUCUGCGUCAGUCCAGCGCGGCCUUCCAGUCAUAGCUCCGUCCUCCUCCUCUUCAUCGUGUUCUCCAGCUGGAUCCAGAGAUAGGUCAGGCCAUCCAUCUCUGUACCACAAGAAGCCCGGGUCGCCGCUCCGGCCUCACAGAGAUUUCUCAGCCUAUCCCACACAAGGUGCUAUAUCCAUCCGGGAUCCGUCCUAUCAGUACCAAGUGGGGCUGAGCAGCGCUGGGACUCACUGGACUGACAGCUAAUGGAGAAACCAGAUCGGUCCAAUGUACAAGUCUGAAACAAAUCAAGGUUUCUGCUCCACUGCAGGCUGCCAACGGUAACGAACUACAGUCAUAAUCAAGGCCAAAUUGCACUGUGUCUGGUGAACAGUGAGCUCCUCCUGUAUGUGUAGAAUAUAUACUAAAGCCUGUGAUCAGAUACAGUACCGUGGUUUGUCAGAGGGAGCAUUCAGCUUGUAACAGGACCUUUCCCAAAAGUGUUAGGUCGCUAACCUGUAGCAACAACGAGGAUAAACCUUUUAACAUAAAAUGAAAAAGAGAUAAGGGAAAAUUAGAUGCUGUUCUUUCUCCAGAGGGUCAUACUUUACAUUUUAGAUACCUGACAGGCUUCCAAAGAAAACAGACUUAUCUCUUUGUACAGAGCUACAGCUACAUAGAACAAGUUCAAAGCAUGAGGCUGGUACAUUCUGUAUUUUUCUUGUCAACAAAUCCUUGGAAAAAACCAGAACAACAAUCUUUCAGUCCAUCUCGCAACACUUUGUGACAGUGGUUCCUACUGUAGAUGAAAUAAAUACUGUACAUACAGUCGUUACAUUCAAAAGAGAAAAAGAUUCACUCUGUUCCUCAAACAGCUGGGAACUGUAGUUCAUAGUAGGGCUGCUCAAUUAUGGCAAAAACCAUAAUCACGAUUAUUUUUGAUCAAUAUUGAAAUCAUGAUUACUCAUCGACUUUGGGAAGACCACGCAUUUAUUGAACUUAAUAAAUAAAUAAUAAAAAGUAAAAAUAAAAAACAGAUUUUAAAACAAAACGUGUUGCGUCUUUGUAGUUUUUCCGCUUAUACAUGAUAUAAGUUAAAGAUACACUGCUAUCCUACACCGAAACGUAACCAGGAAGUGGAUGCGGGGAUGGUUUUUGUAAGGGAGAUGAAAUUUGUUACAAAACAGAACGCGGCACAAUAAUCGUUUUAUCUCUAUUUUCUUGUUUUCAUAAUCACUCAGCCCUAGUUUGCAGGACAUGUUACUGAAUUAAACUGUGUAUUUGUUGGGGACUAUUUUAAGUUGAUUAAUGAAGCAAAACAGUCAAUCUGAGGAUGGUAAUUCACUAAUGUAGCAACAUGGAUCAAACGCACCCUUUUGAUUAUGGCAGCUUACUUCAGGUGUCCGCUCCCACAACACUCACAUGAACACUAUGUCACUUUAUGCUACUGCUAAGCUACUGCUUUUCAAAAGCCCCACCUCCACCUGUAAGCUCUAAGUCUACACUCCCCUCAGGAGCAAAUUAUUACCACUUCCUACUUCCUGUGAUUCAGAGCUUGCUGAUUUAUUGAUAGGUCAGAGCCUCAAUCCAUAUCAACACUUUAUAUAUCUACAUUAGCAUAAUUAUCCAUUCAUAUAAGGAAGAUAUGAAGGAUCAAUUAAUUGUUGGUUUGGGUCUUUUCAUUGGAUUUGUUGACAAAAACAAAAAUACAGAAUCAACUGUGAGGGGAGCCAAGGUCCUUUGAAUCCUCAAUCACAUAUGCCAAAAUAAGAUUAACUACUCCAUGAUGUUUAAGGUAAAAGUGCAUUGAGUUCACUGCAAAGUGAGUUUGAUGAUAUCAGAACAUAACAGAGAGAAACUUCAGUUCAUCAUGCACACACUGAGAAUUGAAUGUGUGAGCUAUGUAAGGCAGUCUUUUCCCUAAGUGAAAGUUGCAGCACAAAACCACCCAUCAUGAGAGCUGUCAGUGUACAGGUCUUGUCCCAUGCUAGUUGCAUGUUGCUAGUGCUCAUGUUAUGAGUGAAAGACUGAGCCGUUCUGCUGUGGCUGGUUGUCAGACCUUGGCUCCGAACUCACGACUCCAAACAAUAUUCUAGUUAAAAAGGACAGCAAAGAACUCUCAGGCAGAACCAGAUGGGAGCUUAAAGAACUGCUGUUAAGCCAUGGUGAGUACCGGAAAAGAGAGCUGCACACAAAUCCCACUCCCAAAUGACUUAGUUGGAAAAAAUUCUUAAGACUGCAAAUACAAAACAGCCUGAGCAGGCAGGGAAGCUGAGAAAAGAGGCUCUCAGUGGCUUCACAUACAGUUUGAAGUUGCAUUGACAAGGAGUGAUUAUCUGUAGGAUAUGUUGGUGAUCCCUCAUGUAUUUGCGCAUUGUUCCUUUAUUUCGUGUUAUUAAAUUCAAUAUAACGUUUUUGAAUAUAUUGACAUUUUUGCACACCUGAUAAAUAAACAUUUUCAUGUC